AUGUCGGAAAGAAAGAGCCAUGGGGCAGGCGAUCAGCCAGCGCAUGUGGCUAUUCCUGAUGCUGACAAAAAGAGAGAGGCUUCACCUAGUAACGCCGAGGAGCCUGAAAACGAAGCUUCAGGGGCCAGUCAAGCGGACAGUCUACUGGAACAGCUUGCAGCCGCCACGUCAGGAGACAAAGAAGGCCUUCUGCCUCAGCUUCCGGGCGAAGUCUCAAGCUCGGAAAAGGGAAGAUGGGAAGACAAAGGCGAGGCGACUCUUUUUAAACAACAGCAACCUCUCACGAGGCUGCGAUUGUUUAUGCCAAGCAUCGUUGAGGAAACGGAAGAAGAGCUGGCACGCCAAGAAGAGGAUGAUGAAGAUGACGCUCUUGGAAAUGGUGCAGCGGCUGCAGCCUGUGUAGAAGAUGAUAACGAAGCUCUUUUCGAUCCAAAUUUCCUACGGUUGAUCAUUGAAACAAACUCAAUCGGCGAGGACCCAUCUCAAGAAAACAGUGAAUUCCGCCAGGAUUUUUCCGACCUGCUCAAAAUCCUCCAGACCAAACUCAAACAAGAAGACAAAUUCAUCAAAUUCGUUGCAGGACAGAUAACGUCCCUCCGUAUCAAAGAAAAGUUAAUGGUCUUGAAGUACAUCAGACACUUAGUUCUCAACAGCGAUUGCUCCAUUGACGCUUUCAUGGCAGCCGACGGAUUCGCCGCCGUUUUAAACGUCUGCCUGCAAAAUGACGAGAUGCUUGAACAGUUACCAGGGAUCCUUGUUGCCGUCCGGCACCGCGAAGCCUCACUGAGAUACCUGGCAGAUGAGGGCGCUGUGGGUCUGAUGAUCAAGCUCGGCAAGAAAACAGAUGAGGGUGUUGUCUCUCGGGCGGCCGUAGCUCAGGCUUGUUUGGUGCCGCUAUACCAGGACGAAGAAAAGCAGCACAUCGACGGUUGGAUUGAAAGCCUCGUAGAUGCGGUUUCUGGCGGAUUUCCUGUCGCCCAAGAGUUCAGCAGUGCAUCGCUAUGUGAGAUGAGCGCGGACGCUUCGGAACACUCAAAACUCUUUCAGAAGACAGGCAUAAUCCCGAUCCUCCGGAUUUUCAAACCUCAUACCGCACCGCAAGCGCUUCUGUGGGAGAGUGCUACCAUAGCCAAUCUGGCGAAAAAUCCAACAAACUUUCCUGAAUUCCUAAAAGAGGAGACUUUGGCGACCUUGCACGAAAUCUCAAACUCUGUUUGGAAUGAAGUUCGGCUUAACGCGGCCUGGGCGUUUGUUUUCCUUUCUCUUCAGAAGGCCUUCCACAAGCAGGCGACAGGGCGGUGGGCAGCGUGGGUCCGUGAUGUGUUGAUCAUUGGCAUCUGUUCCGAGGACGGAAUGACAAGCAACCUUACGGAGCUAUUCUUUGCUAACGUCACUGGAAAACAGGCGCUACAGGGCUACGAGGCACCGGCUGUCCGAAGAUACCUCGACAGUCUUCAUCUGACGGACGACAUCGUUCGCGAGCAGGCCCAGGCAUUUUUAACGAAUCUCGCAAGCACUCAUCCAAAGGAGAUGAUAGAUUCGUUGCUACUGCUCUGUUCAGUUCCACAUGACAGUGCUGCUGCUCGAGACGCCCUGGCGACGCUUGCUACUCUUUUGAGUGACCCGGACACAUCGGACUUGGCAGUCGCCCAUGAGGCUUACCUCCCUUUCGUAUGCCUAGCUGAUCGUCCCGACGAGGCAGUUCAACUCCUCUGUGCUCGAAUGCUCGUGAAGCUUAUUUCGGACCAAGAUAGUUUUCUCAAGUAUGAGGAGCUGGAGCCGGUUGCUGCCUUGUUGUACUUGUGUGACUCGAAUAACGAUGCGGUCCAAGAGUGCGCCUUCAACGGUCUCUGGAUCGCUAUGGAGAUGGCGCGUCGUAAUCCAGAGGGACUCGCAGUUCCCGUGUUGCGUUGCUGUAGAGAAGAUGAGCCAGGCGAUAAGCUUCACAGCUCCUAUCGGGACUCUGUGAGACUGGCAGAUGGGAUGUUUGCUAAGCAUCGUUCAAGGGGUGCGGCUACAAAUCAGCUCUUCGGGCUCCACUGUCUGUGUGCCCUUCUCUAUGACGCGUCGGCAGCUGUCCAAGGGCGUUUGGCGUAUAAAAUUGAAUCAUUUACUGAAGACGCGAGCAAUAUAGAUCAAAUGGACGAUCUCUGUCUUCGAGCACUAGCGUGUAGUCUGAUGGCCCUGGGGCGAUCUGUUGUCGACUCUGUCAAGUCCAGUGUGGUCGUGGCUUUUACGAGCCUCGUGGCGCACGGUACAAAGAUGAGGGCAUCAGAACGGAAGGGUUCCCUUCCCGAGUAUGGACCCUCCAAUGAACAGCUGUUUGCCCGGAGCCACAUCCCCAGCGACAGAAACCGCCGAGCCGAGAUAAGCCGCGGUUUCCCCCACGCUCGAUUGCCUCUUGACCACUUCAUGGCCGAGAACUAUACUCAGUGCCUCUGCGAAAUUCUCCUCGACACAUCCGCGAGUCCCAUUCUGAAGCAGCAGUGCUUAGCGACGAUUCGCCAAAGUCUAAACGAUCCACUGGUGUGCCAGUACCUGGGGAAAACGGACUUCAUGUCUCGCUUCUUCUCGGCCGAAGUCGUGGCUUCAGCAGAAGAUCCAACAGACUUUUACUUCAUGUUCUGCCACAUUCUCAGUCACCCAGCAACAGUCGGCCAUGUUUCCAACUACAUGGGAAUCCUCGAAAAACUCUUAAAGGAUGUCAAGAGUUACCCAUCCCUCGCCCUUCCUCUCGCUCAACUGUUGGACGCCGCUUGUUUUCUUCCUCACGUUCAAGGUCAGCGCUUCGUGGAACAGAGCUUGAUUCCACGACCACUGCUUCUAGACCUGCUCAACCUUCUGGGACAGUAUUCGACACCGAGCGUUGUCGCUAAAACAGACUCUCGAGAAAUUCUGAGGAAACCACCCUCAGACGUCGCUUGUGAAUCCGAACUUCCCGUCCCUGAAGGUCCGGGAAACACGUCCCAGUUAAACCGCAGAAGUUCCUCUUUGGAUCUCGAGGACAACCUGAAGGACCCGUGGGGGAGAGUGCUAGACGAUCAAGAGUUGCUGAACUGCGUCGUCGAGGCACUAAUUUCGCUUUACCGAUUGGGUGUACUCAAGGACGUGUUCGAUAAGGAAGCUAUGGAAAAGCAGUUUUUGCCUCUAUUCGCAUCCUCGUCGAACUCAGCAGGCUCAAUUGUGUCCCUUUUGUCAUUGGCAAACUGCCUGUGUAUCGAACCCGAGCUUCUCGACUGCUUUUUGGCGAGGCCAAUCCUGAUCGAUAUUGCAACGAGCAUUACAGAAGGCGGUAUCGAGGAUGAGCAUCUUUACACGCAAACCGCUGAGCUUCUUCGAGUCGCCUUGCUCCACGAGGAGGCACGAGACAAAGUGGUGGCGAAUCUGGUUAUCGUCGACAGCAUCUUCAAGAUCAUUCGAACGCCCUUGUACCCCCCAGCACAGACACGGGCACUCUUCGCUCUGCACAGCAUAUUAACGAAUGAAACGAUCCUGAGGACCAUGGCUGCAGAAGACUUCGUUCCAACGCUGUGUGACAUCGCCUUGUCAGGCGGGAGCAAAGACGUGCAGCGAGUGGCUGCCGGGAUUUUGAGUACAGUUGUUGUACGGCCUACUUGCCGCGACGUCGUUUUAACGGGUUCUUCCCUUCAAGCCGUCCUUGGGGUCGUGCUGGAUUCGACGAUGCCUGAAGUCUACUCGCAGGUCCUCUGGGCGAUAUCGUAUUUGCCGCUCUGCGACGAGUUUGUACAGCCUCUUCUUGAGAACCACGUGAUCGAACGUAUGAAGCAGAUAAUGAAUGAAGAGCAUGUCGGAGUGCAGACGCAGGCCCGCGCUACGGUUGUCCAACUGAGUGCUAAUCAUCAGCUGCGCAGCCGCUUCAUUGAGCUUGGUUUCCUCCCGCUUCUUGUCUCCCGGACUACCACGCGAGAUUUAUCAUGUUGUGAAGCCAGCCUCCACGCCAUGCAGACCCUCAGUGAUACCCCAAUGCUGUCGGCAACCCUCCUAGACCUCGGGGUAGAAGUCAAGCUUCAGGAAGUCCUCCACAAGUGUCUCCAACAUCAGCAUAAAUCCAUGAUACCCUCCGAAGCAGAAGCGCCUCUGAAAAACCAACAGCUCCAAGAACGACAGCAAGUUUGCUCGGUUGCGGACUCCUCAUGGGCAUCUGAAGAAGCCAGUUUUCCAACGGAAGCAACUUCUUCUCUCGGCAUGCCUCGCGAGCUAGAAGCCGUACGUUGUGCAGCCCUAGAGUUGCUCUGUCAACUGUCGCGUCAUGCUGUUCAAGGCCAACUGGCCCUACUGGACGAUGCAACAGUGACCAUGGUUAUCGACUGUAUGGCUGGCACCCAUAUUCGAACCAUCGAAGAGAAGAGAUCUGCAGCGACAUUGCUAAGGCUGUGGGCAGGAGGGGCAAGAACAAGAAAACUGUUUCUUGCUCACAAAGGUGUCGAAGUACUGCUACGCCUUAUUCUAUCCACCGAAGAUCCUUUAGUCAUGGAACAGCUCGCAUGGUGCCUUGGCAAUGUAGCGAAGGGAGAGGGCAGUAUGGAAGUGGAAACUCAGCUGGCCGAAGCUGGAGCAAUUGACGCGAUCCUUUACUACAGCAACUCGAUGCACGAAGGAGUGCGGAACCGCGCCCACUGGGCACUAGGUACCCUGCAUGGCGAGACGCUCAAGUAUAACACCCUGCUAGCAACGAGAAAAAAAUGCAUCGACCCAGCCAUAUCGGAGAUCAGAUCUCAAGGAAGUGGAUUCCAGCUGAAGACCCUCACGGGUGAGGCAGGUGAUAUGAAGGACUCUGGAUACACCGCAGCCGCAGUCUAG